GAACCCAAUCCUUAGCCACUUUGAGAUUGUGUUGAGCAGUAAGAUAUCUUAGGUGGAAGUGCAGCAGCCCAUGAAACAUGGUCAUUGUAUCUCUAUCUCCAUCUUCACCACAGCUUCUCACCAUUUUCAACCCCAAAAAACAUCAUAAUUCUCAUAAUCACCCAGCUUCAUCUCUUUUUAUAUCAUCAAAUUCUCUUCUUUACUCAAAAAGAUGCAAACUUUAUCACAACCCACCACCACUUGUGAUAAGCCCUUCAAAAAUAAACUAUAAUUCAAGAGUUUAUGCCAUUUCUGAAAAUUUGAAGCUUGCAGAAGUAACCCCAGUUGAGAGUUCAAAGCAGAUAGUGAAUGCAGCUACUACAAGUGGAGAUGGGGUUUCUAAUAUUAUUACAGUUCUUUUGUUCCUUGCAUUUGUUGGAUUAUCAGUUCUCACUAUUGGGGUUAUCUAUAUAGCUGUGACAGAUUACUUGCAGAAAAGGGAGAGAGAGAAAUUCGAGAAAGAGGAAUCUGCUAAGAAGAAGAAAGCCAACAAGAAGAGGAAGGUGAAAGCAAGGGCUGGACCAAAAGGAUUUGGACAGAAGAUUGUUGAGGUUGAUGAUGAUGAUAGCUAGGAAUUCUAUGUGAGCCUCUUUGCUUUUUUGCUUUGUUCUUUUCGUUCAUUGUGAUUCUUAGGCACUUUAAAGAACCGGAUUCUCUCUAUAAUGUAUAUUUUUUGCACUUAAUCUGAAUAUAGUUGUGUAUUACAAAAUA